AUGCUGACCAACGACCACAUUUCUACCUUUCAACACCAACACAUUCUUCAAACACAUACUUGGCCCUUUCAUCAAGGCGAGCUUCAAGUGCAACUCAAGUUGGGGGCCUACGAAUACGUCAACUCGUACGCUCCCAAGAUUAUACGUCCCUUCAUGCCCGAACAACACAGGGAGUUUUAUAAAAGCCAACCCUUUUUGGUGGCUGCCGCCAGAGAUGAGAAUGGCAAAUUGUGGUCGACUCUUCUGUUUGCUUCUACACAAUCACCAUCAAAUCACAGACCAUUUUUUGUCCAGAGUCCGGAUUCGAAGACUCUGCUGCUAGCUACCACACCUCUACCAGGAGAUGCCUUGGAAGGUUCGCUUCAGGUUGGCAGCGAUUUGGGAUUGUUGGGAAUCGAAUUUGCUACUCGACGACGCAACAGAGUCAAUGGUCGAAUCAUCAGCAAUGGCAAUAAUGACAAUGGUGGCAAAAAUAACCACCAAAUUACCUUUUCGGUCGAUCAGAGCUUUGGAAAUUGUCCCCAAUACAUCAAGCCCCGCAAUCGGUGGUCGACAAGAAGCGACAACACAAACAACAACAAUGUCUGCCCAGAACCUUCCGCUCCAGUGACAUCCACCAAAGAGGGACGACCCAAUCGAUUGUCCCCAGAACAGUUGGAAAAGGUUCGUCAAGCCGAAACCAUCUCUUUGGCCACUGGAUACCGUGGCCAUGGUGCAAAUCCUGUCUAUGGAAACGAUGCGUCUCACCGGGGUGGUUCGGCUGGAUUUCUGCACGUCCGAGAAGAUGCUCGAACUAUUAUCUUGCCCGACUAUAAUGGGAAUCAUCACUUCAACACCAUUGGGAACCUGAUUCUAGAUUCCAGUAUGGGAAUCACAAUUCCACUCUACGAAAAAGGUGAAAUGAUCCAAUUGACGGGACAAGCCACUAUUAUUUGGGAUGACAAUCACGAAUUGAUUGCCCAGCACGUGGGUGCCAAACGACUCAUUCAGUUUGUCAUUGACCAGGUUGUGGAAUUACAAGAAGGGAGUUUCCCGUUGCGCUGGGACACCUCACAGCAAGACCAACGAAUGACCCUUCAGGUGAAGCGUAGGGUCAAGGAAAGCGACACGGUAGCGAGCUUUUACCUCUCUAGUGUCCCCGGAGAAAGUCCCAAACUUGCCUCGUUCCAAGCGGGCCAACAUCUUCCAGUGACUAUUGAAACCCCAAAGGGUUCCUUGGAACGAUCCUACUCGCUUUCCAACUACGAUCCCAAUGGGGGCGAAUACCGCAUUUCCGUUCAAAGGGAACCCAUGGGCCAGGCGUCUACCUUUUUGCAUGAUUCUAUCAAGGUGGGAAGUUUGAUUCAAGCCAGCAAACCAGCAGGUGGCUUUGUGUAUCCUUCUUCUUCUGAGGACACGACCUUCAUCUUUCUCAGUGCUGGCAUUGGAGUGACUCCUGUCCUUUCCAUGCUUCAUGCAUUUGCUGCUGAUAAAAGUCGCAAGCAAUCCUCAGCUCUCUGGAUUCAUUCAGCCAAGGAUAGUGAUCAUCAUCCAUUUACUGACGAAGUCAAACUGUUGCAAUCUAAAGUACUAGCCAGCGAUGACAGCAAAUCGAUGAAAUCCAUUGUGACCUACACCCGAGAAGAGCAGUCCAUUAUUGCGCAAGAUGACAACGACGAGAAUAUGGAUAACGACCGUAGAACCAUUUACCAUACGGGCCGUCUCCAGGAAACCUUGCUCAAGGAUCACAUAACACCAGCAUUAUUGGGCACAAAGAAUGCUCAAGCUUUUCUUUGUGGACCAACGAAUUUUGUAGUGGAUAUGGAAGGGAUUCUCAUCAACUUGGGAAUAGAUGCUUCCAAGAUUCAACAUGAAUCUUUCUAA